GAUCAAAAUUCAUUUGAUUCCAACGUGGAUGAAUUAAAGGUUCUAAAUAUACUGUGAAUCAAGCAUGUCAGAAUCAAAGGUCGGUGAUAGCUCAAAUCCUGAGCCAACGGGUCUCAGUAGCCCUGGCGCAACUUUUGAAAAAAUGAAGGACCUCUUAAAGGCGAAAGACGACACUUCCAGGUUCGUAGGACUUGCUCUCCUUAAAUCCGUUCUUGACAACGAACAACAGCUCGUCAAAAAUACAGAACGCCUACAAAUACUUUGGGAAUCUAUAUCCUCAAAGUUCUUGGAUCGACUAUUGCGAGCUCAACUUAGUGGGAAGAUUGACAAGGCCCAAGCAAAAGAUAUGGUAGAUCUCGCAGUAGCUGUACUACAUACAUUCUCUAUAUUAUUGCCAGAAAAUACUCGAAGGGGACCACAGCUCACCGGGAGAACAGGACCGCUGGUUAAAGCACUUGUUCAAAGUUCCCCUGAAACUACACAGUUUAUUCUCCAAACGCUGUUGACUAUAGUCAGUCAAGUAGAAGGCUCUCUAGAACUUUUAAAGAUUGAGGAUCUCUCUUCAUUGACAGAGAUCGCGCCACAAUGCCCUCUUGUUCUUGACAUUCUAAACUAUACUUGGGCAAAUGUUUCAACGAUCGAAGUACAAGCUGUCCAUGAAAGUAUCAAUCGAGUGAUCCCAAAUCUCCUUGUAGUGUUUAAAGGAACUGAUGCUGUCACAUUUUUAUCUUUUGUUUCAAGCUUUAUACCUAAGUUAUCUUUCGAGGCGCUUCCGCGUAAUCCAAAGUGGCUUAAGUCUAUAGUUGUCUUGCUUCGCGAGUUGGUCAACAGGAAGCCCACACUCGCUGGUAGAGUUGCAUAUACCCAGGCGGCAGCGGCAUUGCUACAAGCAUACCCUGUGACAUGCCCUUCAUUGUUGUUCAACGAUGAAAAUCUGCAUACCUCGAACAAGAAUGAAAGUAAUAGCAAGCCGUUUUCUUAUUUAUUUGUAAAUCUUCUAUUGAUUGACUUGCGAUCAUCCUUCCCGUCACUCUUAGCGAAAUUGAAUAACAGUGACUAUUCAAAUAUCUCACAACGACUUGCAGCCGCAUUUGAUGUUCUCUCAAGCUUCAUAGGAUACCUUGUUCGAAGUCUCGAUGAAGAAAAUUCCACAUCCUUCACCGUGCCCCCAGAUCUAAUGCUGAAAUUGCGAAAGGAUAUUGCCGAGACUAUGUCUUUGGCAAUUGAAUACCUGCGAGAUAGAUGGGACGCAUCUAUUGCUGGUGCCUCUGGAUUACACCCUUCUGCACGAGCUGGAACAACUGCCACGUCUGAAGGAACGAGACUCACUUUAACCUGGGAUUCUAUUCAAGAUAAGGUUACUACGGACCCCUUGAUCCUAGCUAGUAUCAGGGCAUUAGCCAUAUGGAUCCGUGAGGAUGAGAACGAAAAUUUACGCAAAGAAAGUGCUGGUAUGAUGGAUAUGUUCAUUGAGCUAUACAAAAUAAGUACUAUGGAUGAGCCUGACUUCAGAUAUCCUAUAUUACUGGCGCUCGAAGGAAUCAUGACCACUGAGGAUGGAGUGGAAGCUUUCUUGAAUCAGGAUGGGUGGCAAGUAGUUUCUGAAGAUCUCCUCCUUAUCCUUAGCCGUGUUGCCGAUACCACACCACCCACAAAGUUUCAAUCUUCCAUAACUGCAGAAGCAGCAAGAGGUCUCCAAAUCGUACGAAUUCUACUCGCAGUCAUAGAUGAAGAGUCAACAUCGUUUAUUAAACAGGAAUGGUUAACUCUGAUCUCAACCACAUCUGCCAUAAAAUUAGCUGCCUCAUCAUCAUCUUCGGUGGCCAUAGAGCUACACAUUGCCAUGCUACAGCUAUCUACAGCAUUGUUAUCAAAAUCAGGAGAUGGCAUGCGAAAGCGUUACUCGAAGGAUCAAGAAGCUCAAAGAAAAAUGGCGGAGGAAUUAGAGGUCAUCGUAGGAAAUAUGGGAGAUAAGCAAGAGGCGGCUGAGUUUAAGGAGUUGCUUUCAGACGUGAUUUUAGAUUUAGAAAAUUUGAGAGUAGGUAUUUGAUCACUGAUAUCUUUACAAAGGAGUUCAAAAUGAAGUACGGUCUCUACUUCCAUGGAUAUCGUAGUAAUAUUAGCAACUCUACAAGGAAUUUAGGUCCGCAACAGGCUAUCACUUUUCCGCGUUUCCCGGUCAAUCACAACAUUUUUUUAUUGCCAACCCCAUUUUAACCUGCUGUAUCUUCCUAUCUUCCUAUCUUCUCCUUUCAUCCCUCCUCGUUCAGUAACUAUCUCGACUUCCACUUCAUGGGAGCCCAAUCCAUGAGCAGUAGCCUAUUACUCAAACCAUGGGAAAAUUUCUAACAUUCUUUUGCUUCUUCUCUUUACAACAUAGAAAAAAAGCUUAAAAGUUUAAGCCAGAGUCCAUUUUCUAUGCGUGGUAGUAAGUAGAUCUUCAUUUGAAUUUGUGAACAAAUUGAUAAUUCUUUGAUGGCGAUCCCCAUAUCUACAGAUAAGUAUUUACGCUUUCAACCCAAUUGUAAGCAGCUCCUUUCAUGCUUGUGUUUGCUAUUUACAUGUGAUUUCUUCUGAUUCGAUGACUUGUUUCCCCCUUUCACUAUCUCUCCAGGCUAGUUCAGACGGGGGUUAAGGGCUUCAACAGGAGCGAGAGGGAAAAAUACAAUCGCAAGAAUGAUAAUCUUAAUUUCUCCCUUACUAUUGGAAUAUGGAUCCAAAGCUCAUUUUUAUCUACGGAUUCAAUCUCCGCCAAAAAUGUACAAUCCA